GAGAGCAAGGGCUACGACUUCGAGUCGGAGACGGACACGGAGAGCAUUGCCAAACUGGUCAAGUACAUGUAUGACAACCGGGACAGCGACGACAUCAGCUUCACCACCCUGGUGGAGAGGGUCAUCCAGCAACUGGAAGGUGCUUUCGCCCUUGUGUUCAAAAGUGUUCACUAUCCUGGGCAAGCGGUUGGUACCAGGCGAGGCAGCCCCCUGCUAAUAGGAGUGCGCAGCGAGCACAAGCUCUCCACCGACCACAUCCCCAUACUCUACCGGACGGGUAAAGACAAGAAGGGAGGUUGCAACCUGUCUCGUGUCGACAGUACCACCUGCCUUUUCCCUGUUGAGGAGAAAGCUGUGGAGUACUACUUUGCCUCUGAUGCUAGUGCUGUCAUUGAGCAUACCAACAGAGUGAUUUUCCUUGAAGACGAUGAUGUAGCAGCUGUGGUCGAUGGCCGUCUUUCCAUCCACCGGAUUAAACGCACAGCAGGCGAUCACCCUGGACGUGCUGUCCAAACCUUGCAGAUGGAACUUCAGCAAAUUAUGAAGGGUAACUUCAGCUCAUUUAUGCAGAAGGAAAUUUUUGAACAGCCAGAAUCUGUCGUUAAUACCAUGAGAGGAAGGGUCAACUUUGAUGACUACACUGUAAAUCUUGGUGGGUUGAAGGAUCACAUUAAGGAGAUUCAGAGGUGUCGUCGUUUAAUCCUUAUUGCUUGUGGGACAAGUUAUCAUGCUGGAGUUGCGACCCGCCAGGUUCUGGAAGAACUGACUGAGUUACCUGUUAUGGUUGAACUAGCCAGUGACUUCUUGGACAGAAACACCCCUGUCUUCAGAGAUGAUGUUUGCUUUUUCAUCAGCCAGUCAGGUGAGACGGCAGAUACUUUGAUGGGUCUUCGGUACUGCAAAGAGAGAGGAGCCUUAACCGUAGGGAUAACUAACACAGUUGGCAGCUCUAUAUCACGAGAGACAGAUUGUGGAGUCCAUAUCAAUGCAGGACCAGAGAUCGGGGUUGCCAGUACCAAGGCCUAUACCAGCCAGUUUGUCUCUUUGGUGAUGUUUGCUCUGAUGAUGUGCGAUGACAGAAUUUCUAUGCAGGAAAGGCGCAAGGAAAUCAUGCGUGGUCUAAAGGGGCUGCCAGAUUUAAUUAAAGAAGUGUUGAGCAUGGAUGAUGAGAUCCAGAAGCUAGCCACAGAGCUGUAUCAUCAGAAGUCUGUUCUCAUCAUGGGACGUGGCUACCAUUAUGCUACAUGUCUUGAGGGAGCUUUGAAAAUUAAAGAAAUUACCUACAUGCACUCCGAAGGGAUAUUGGCAGGUGAGCUGAAGCACGGUCCUCUUGCGCUGGUGGACAAGCUCAUGCCCGUUAUCAUGAUCAUCAUGAGAGACCACACAUAUGCCAAGUGCCAGAAUGCUCUCCAGCAGGUCAUUGCACGGCAAGGGCGACCUGUUGUGAUUUGUGAUAAGGAAGACAUCGAGACGAUUAAGAACAAUAAAAGAACAAUCAAAGUUCCGCAUUCAGUGGACUGUCUGCAGGGGAUCCUGAGUGUUAUCCCCCUUCAGCUUCUGGCUUUCCACCUGGCAGUUCUCAGAGGAUACGACGUUGAUUUUCCAAGAAAUCUGGCCAAGUCCGUAACUGUAGAGUGAAAGAUCAUCUGAAUCAUAGGGGCAAAGGGGAAUUAAAUGAAAGACUUUUUUUGGUACCAAAAUAACUCGAUUUUAAAGUCCCCUCGGUAAAUCUUAUUUUGGUAAAUCAUUGUUUGUGUAUAAAAUCACGGUAAUUCCAUUACAUUAGUGAUUGUCAAAUUGAUUCCACACGCUACGUCAAUAGCUUUGGGCUUUUUGGGUUUUUUUGAACAAUAGAUUUCCAUGACAGAUGUUAAACGGUUUUCUUUAAA